GAAGCACUACAAUAAGUUAGAGCAUUCGUAUUAGGAUGAUAUUGGGUGCUUCCUUUGUCAUUUAGAACCAAAAGCGAAACAAAAGUUGUCUUGUUCUCGUUGGAUUAAAUAAAUCUACUUUGUUUGUGUGUGUGCUCUUUCCCACCAUAUUGCUGUUGAUUUUUUUUCUUAGAAAGACGCAUCUCUUUUUUCGAAGCCCUUCUUUGCUGCAGCGCUCCUCCCCCCGCAGCUCGUUCAUCUUACGCGUACACUGUCAAGCAAUGAUGGAUGGUGAGACGGCCAAGGUGGAAAUGUCCGACAAGAUGACUUUUGUGGAUGCGGUGCCUGCGACUGCAAGCGGCGCCGGUGCGGCCCACGGCGUCAACAACCAGCCUGUUCUCUACCAGCAGAGCAACGACGAACCUCUCCCUACCUACGCCGCCAUCCUCAGUGCGCAGGAGCCGAUCGUCUCCAAGGUGCAGCGGCUCUACGGCGUCACGCAUCAGCGUAUUCAGCGCAACUUCUCCGCUCUGCGUCCGUGGUCCGAAUUCUUCGACUCGACCUUCUUCCACAGCCCUGCUGGUGUGACAGAUGUAGUGAACCGCCUGAACCGUAACCUGCCCUACUUCUACGCCAAUUACCUCGUGCUCUCGCUCGUCUGCUCUUCCUACAUCCUUCUCAUCAAUCUUCCCUUCUCCAUCUACGUGGCAAUCACGGUCUUUUUCUACCUCUUCGUGCGCAACCGCGCAGCCGCGGUAUCCCAGCUGGCGGCUCAAGGUGCCCCAGAGGAGGAACAAAGGGUGUACAUCGCAGCCUACGCUUUCACUGUGUCGCAGCUGUAUUUGAUGCUGAUUGUUUUUGGUGUGGUGGGCUUCUACUUCACCAGCGGCAGCUCUGCCGUCUUUUGGCUACUGCUGACCUCGCUCGGUAUUUCUGUCGCACACGCUGGCAUGCGUCGUCCUCCGAUUCAGGACUCUGCGUUUGAUUUCGCGUAA